AUAGCAGUUGAAUUAAUACUGACGUUGAAACUUAGUCCGAAGAUGUCAACUUUGCAACUUCUACCUAAUUGAUGGUACCAUACACACCAAGGGGCCUGAGGUCUUUAUAAACGUGUGAGCUAGCCAGAGAUGAGAUUGAGCCUGGCGAAGGCACCACCUGAUCUUAAAAUUCACCCGAGGUGGGCACAGGUUUAACUUGUUUGUUCAGCAAAAAUGUGGAUUUAGAAAAGCACCCAGGAAGGUUGAACCUCGAAGAUCAGACACAGGGUCGAGUGGAGAAGCAUAUAAGAGAAGUGCCUUGAUCCCGCCUCUGGAAGAAACAGUCUUUUACCCUUCCCCCUAUCCUAUAAGAACACUCGUGAAGCCCUUUUUCUUCACCAUUGGGUUCACAGGCUGUGCAUUUGGGUCAGCUGCUAUUUGGCAGUAUGAGUCACUGAAAUCCAGGGUUCAGAGUUAUUUUGAUGGCAUAAAAGCUGACUGGUUGGACAGCAUACGGCCACAAAAGGAAGGAAACCUCAGAAAGGAGAUUAACAAGUGGUGGAAUAGCCUAAGUGAUGGCCAGCGGACUGUGACAGGUUUGUGUUAGCUUACACGUUUUAGCCAUUCAAGGGAAGAGAAAUCAAACCAAAAGGCAUCAUAGCUGCGAAUGCCCUCGUCUUCUGCUUGUGGAGAGUGCCGUCCCUGCAGCGAACCAUGAUCAGAUACUUUACAUCCAACCCAGCAUCCAAGGUUCUUUGUUCUCCAAUGUUGCUGUCAACGUUCAGUCAUUUCUCCUUAUUCCACAUGGCAGCAAAUAUGUAUGUUUUGUGGAGCUUCUCAUCUAGCAUCGUGAACAUCCUGGGUCAGGAGCAGUUUGUGGCAGUGUAUCUGUCUGCAGGUGUUAUUUCCAAUUUUGUCAGCUAUGUGUGUAAAGUUGCCACAGGAAGAUAUGGACCUUCACUUGGUGCAUCGGGAGCAAUCAUGACUGUGCUUGCAGCUGUCUGCACCAAGAUCCCAGAGGGGAGGCUCGCUAUCAUCUUCCUCCCUGUCUUCACCUUCACAGCGGGCAAUGCCUUAAAAGCCAUCAUUGCCAUGGAUACAGCUGGGAUGAUCCUGGGAUGGAAAUUUUUUGAUCAUGCAGCCCAUCUUGGGGGAGCUCUCUUUGGAAUAUGGUAUAUCACGUAUGGACAUGAACUCAUUUGGAAGAACAGGGAGCCUCUAGUGAAAAUCUGGCACGAAAUAAGGACUAAUGGCCCCAAGAAAGGAGGUGGCUCUAAGUGAAGCAGAGCUGGCCAGUAUGACGGUGCAUCUGAUCCUUGCUGCUUGGAAAGUCUCAGCAUCGGCCACCCCAGUGAUUUAAAUGUCCUCCGUACGUGUCUCCUUAGCAAAUUAUGGCAAAGUUGUGAAAUAAAUGUUUCUAUCUCUAGUUUGUAAA